GGUGGGGAACGGAGAGAGGCAGCGAACCGCCGUGGCGGCAGUUGCGACUCGAGCGACGAGUGGUGCGUGUUGUCGUUCCGUCCCCGUACGUGUUUUUCCGCGCCGCGGUCGGAGACUCUCCUGCGUGUGUCGACGCGCCCGCGUGGCCCCGCGCGUCUUCUCUUUUCUUUUUCCUGGUUUUUCAUUUCGCGCGGCGUGCACGCGCGUACAUAAAAUUUUUGAUCGGUCGUCAGCAGCGCCGCGCCGCGCGCCGGAUCGCGCGCGUGACGGCGAGAGCGCAGCCAAGAGAAGGUGAAGUUGCCGGACGUUACCGGAGAGUGCGACGCGCGUUCGGUAAAAAGAGGCGGAGUGGUGUUCUAGUGUUACACUUUAUUGUGCCAAGCAUCAGUUUCUUCCCUCGUUCAACGGCCUCCAUCUUCUCCCUUCCUCCCCGCCGCCCCCGCCGUACAGUUUACGACUUCUCCCUCCCUCCCUCUCUCUCUCUCUCUCUCACGGAGCCGGGUUCCUUCGUCUCACAAUCAAAUCGACGAAACCUGCUGCGGACGGACCCUCCUGUGUCGAAAUCCCUCACGCACGCGGCCGCACGCCCGGCGGCAGGAGCGUGUUUCUUUUGGGGACUUUCGUGCGGCGGACGCGAUCGUUCGACGACAGUGGAGAAGGAUACUCGGCGUAACUCGGCGCUCGCUUGGUUCGCCCGAUUGGCUCCGUCUUCUCGGAAUGACGAUCGGUGGCGGCGAUGAUGAGGCUUGAAAGUUACCGUUGAUUUGUCGGACAUCCUGCAGGGCCAUUUGUUUCCAGGAUGAGCGCGUCGCUGCAGAUUUUGGCUCUGAUCAGCUUAGUCGCGCAAAAUGUGGCUUGGCCGCAGGAUCCCAUUCCUAGACUGCACCUCAAACAUCGCGAGGUGAUUGGCCAGCGGUUUCUGGGCAAUGAAAGCCACGUGGAGCACUUCAAGCUCCUAGAGCGUGCGACAACCUCCAUCCUGAUUGGUGCCAGGAACGCCAUUUACAACAUAAGUCUGCACGACCUAACGGAGAUCGCCGACCAGAGAUUGCAAUGGUCCAGCACCGAGGCGCAUCGCGAGCUUUGCUACUUGAAGGGUCGCAGCGACGACGAGUGCCAGAACUACGUGCGAGUGUUCGGGAGGCAGGGCCCCGAUCGCUUUCUCGUUUGCGGCACAAACGCCUACAAGCCGCUCUGCAGACAAUUCACGAUCAAGGAUGGAGCGUACGUGAAGAAGAGCGAUAUGGACGGUCUGGGACUUUGUCCUUACGAUCCGCGACACAAUAGCACAGCGGUUUUCGCCGAGGGACAGUUAUACGCCGCGACGGUGGCUGACUUCUCCGGUGGCGAGCCGCUGAUUCACAGGGAGAAAAUCCGCACCGAACGCUCGGAUCUCAAUCAGCUGAAUGGUCCCAAUUUUGUCAGCUCGUUCGCGUAUCAAGACUACGUAUUCUUCUUCUAUCGCGAAACAGCCGUGGAGUACAUGAAUUGCGGAAAGUCGGUCUACUCGCGGGUUGGUAGAGUCUGUCAGCACGAUAAGGGCGGGCCACACGCAUUUAGCGACAGAUGGACGAGUUUCCUGAAAGCGAGACUCAACUGUUCGGUACCGGGAGAAUACCCCUUCUAUUUCAACGAAAUACAGUCAACGAGCGACGUUACGGAUGGCCGAUACGCGGGGAAGUCCGCGCGACUGGUGUACGGGGUUUUCACGACUCCGGUAAACUCCAUUGGCGGCUCGGCUAUCUGCGCAUUCUCUAUGGACAGCAUUCUCGAGGUCUUCCAGGGCGCCUUCAAAGAGCAAGAGACUAUAAACAGCAACUGGCUGCGAGUACUUCCGGAAAAGGUGCCCGAGCCCAGGCCUGGUGCCUGCGUCAACGACUCCAGAACACUUCCGGACAUCACUGUCAAUUUCGUCAAGGCGCAUCCCCUCAUGGACGACGCGGUGCAAUCCUACUUUUCGUUACCUGUGAUAACUAAGACCAGUUUCAAUUAUAGAUUUACCAAAGUUGCCGUAGAUUCUCAAGUGAAGGCAUUGGAUGGUAAAGCUUACGAUAUACUCUAUAUCGGCACAGAUGACGGCCGCGUUUUGAAGGCGCUUAAUACACGCGCACCAGAGUCGUAUGACAAUGUCGGUCAAGUUAUUGUUAGCGACGUCCAAGUGUUAAGAUUUGGCCAAGCGGUCAAAGACCUUGUAGUGGUUCAUCUGGCUGGCGAGGCGAGCAAGCUAGUGGUGUUCGCGGACUCGGAGAUCCGCGCGGUUCCCUUACAUCAUUGUGACUCGCCUGCUGCGGCUACCUGCAGAUCCUGCGUCGCCCUGCAGGAUCCUCAUUGCGCCUGGGACGCGACCGCGAAUCUCUGCGUGGCGGUGCUGACGAAACUCCACGACAACGACGCCGACAAGACGCUGUUCCAAGAUAUUCCGACUGGUAGACACAGAAGCUGCGGACGCGAGCCAGAGGUAACGAAGUCCGUCCAGCCAGCGGUGGCGUCCGAAAUUGGGCGCGACGAGCAGCCCGAUGAACGGGAGAAUGAAAUCAUCAUCGAAUUGGAUCGGGAAAAUCAGUAUGGCCGUACGCAGCCGAGGGCUAAUGAGCCUCAAGGCGUGACCGUAACACCGGUAGUAUACUCGGCCCAAACAUUGACGGGUGCGCUAAUAGGGACCUGUUUCUGUUCUCUGGUGGCCGGUUUCGCUUUUGGCUUCUGGUUUUCCCAGAGAUUGCGCGGCUCGUCGUACCCAGAACCCUCGGAGCAACGGCAACAGCUCAAUCGGCUAACGGAGAGCUCGGAGUCGCCCGGAUUCAACAACAAAUCCAUCAAUCUCGUGCUGAAUGUGCCACCGAAGAACCCGAACGGCAAGAACGCGAACUCGUCCGCGGAGAACAAGCCGGUGCAAAAGGUGAAGAAAACGUACAUAUGAUACAGAAGGCGACACAGAGCCGUUUGAGGCUUGCCGCA